CAAAUGAAGGUAGGCAAAGGCAAACUGUCAAAGUCAAUACGGUAAAAAAAAUUAAAUAAAUCAACAAAAACCAAAAAGAAAAAAAAUAAGUAUUGAAUUGGUUUUUAUCGACAAUUAAUACUUUAAAAUAUAGUAAUUUAAGAGUGCUAUCUUUUAUCGGUAGAUAUUUCAAUGAUGGCCUUAACAAGUCAAUAAUUUCCAAAGAUCAAACCUAAUUUAAAUCAUGAAGAUUUUACUUCGAACCAACCGAUUCUACUUAACUUUGCUAAACAAAACAUAUAGCACAGCACUGAAAUCUGUAACUACCGUGCAAGUAAACGGAAAGGAAUAUCGUGCGGACGAUUAUACAAACAUAACACCAAAAAUAACGUCGUACAUAAAUAGGAAUUUACAUUUGAAAAAAGACAAUCCUCUUUCCCUAGUUCGUCAACGUAUAGUUAAUUAUUUCUACGCCUCAUUUACUCAUGGAGGCAAUCCGGUAUUCAGUGUGUACGAUAAUUUGUCACCCAUAGUGAGUACAAGGCAGAACUUUGACGAUUUAUUGAUACCAGAAGACCAUCCUAGUAGAGCGAAAUCUGACUGUUACUACAUUAAUGCUUCUGUGCUUUUACGAGCGCACAUGACGGCGCAUCAGAGCGAGUUGCUCAGAUCAGGGUUGGAUAACUUUCUAAUGAUUGGAGAUGUGUACCGACGAGAUGAAAUUGACUCCACACAUUUUCCCGUGUUCCAUCAAGUUGAUGCUGUCAGACUCCAGCGCAAAGAGCACCUGUUUGUGAACCAUCCUGAUCUAAACAUAUUUGAACCAAACUAUGAUCCAACAAAUCCACACACAUUCACUAACUCAAUCUCAGACCCAUCCAAACAGAGCUGUCACACGUUAGAAGCAACAAAAUUGAUGGAGGGACAACUAAAAAACCAUCUCAUUGGCAUGGUGAAAGUAUUAUUUGGGGAGAAUAUUAAAUACAGAUGGGUUGAUGCAUACUUUCCGUUUACGCAUCCCUCAUGGGAAUUGGAAAUUUAUUAUGAAAACAAUUGGAUGGAGGUCCUAGGAUGUGGUAUCAUGAGGAAUGAGAUUCUUGCAAACGCUGGCCCAACGAAUAGUAUAGCGUAUGCUUUUGGAUUGGGUUUGGAAAGGCUUGCAAUGGCUUUGUACAAAAUCCCAGAUAUACGGUUAAUGUGGAGCACCGACGAUGGGUUUUUGAGCCAGUUUCAGGACAGGGAUGUAAAUGCUAGUAUUGAAUACAAGCCUGUCUCUAUAUACCCACACUGUACAAAUGAUUUGUCGUUUUGGUUGCCACCAACGUUGACAAUAGACACUUUUAUGAGUAAUGAUUUUUAUGAUCUAGUCAGAGAUAUUGGUGGAGAUGUCAUUGAACAGGUGAAACUCAAAGACAAGUUCAUCCAUCCAAAGUCGAAGAAGCACAGCCUGUGUUACAGCAUCGUGUACCGACAUCUGGAGCGAACGCUGACUCAAGCAGAAGUCAACAAAGUGCACGAAGACAUCGCCGCAGCGACUGUUAAAGCAUUUAAUGUUGCCAUUAGAUAGCUAAUGUACUUACUUAUAAAAUAUACCUAAUAUAGUUUCAACCCCUAUUUCAACCCCUUUCUAUCAAAAUAAUAAGAAUGUACAAAUGAAAUACAAAAAUUAGCAAAUACUCUACUUUUA